CACCUAACUUUUUAUUUUUGUAGUCUUUCCGUUUCUUCUGGAAUGUUCAUUCCUAAAUACCUCAUAAGUUUCCUUGCCUGUUGAAAUUUCAAGAACUCUGCUAAAUGUGUUUUCUUUGUCGGUGGUUUCUUUCCCUAUAGCUAUUUUUGCUUAGAAUUUGUCUUGAUUUCAGACACGUUUUCCAAGAGGUCAGCUACUGUUUUUUUACUAUAGAUGAGAUUGACAGCUGGAGGUUCUUUACCAUAAUUAUUGCUUGAAUUGUCCUGUAAGUUGGAGUUUUUUGUGUUUUGGCAGGGCAGGGAUGUGUGUUUGUGUUAGUACCUCUUCUGCCUGUUCUUUGGGUUUGAUGUAUUAGAAACUUUCAAAGACCAGAGUUUAUUGUGGUGGUGUUACAGGUGCAAGCUGAGAAAUCAGCCUGUCUUCUUUUGUGACUGUGGCUUUCAAGGCUUUUAAGUUUUUUUAAGGGCAAUUCUGUGUUGCAAAGAAGAAAAAAUAGCAAUUACCUUGUAGUGAACACUGACAUCUCCCCUCUCUGUUUGCGCUGACCAUGUGUUACCACAUGCAUGGCUCUGGGAGAUUGGGAAUUACCAGCAAAAUCCCAGCGAUGGCUGCUAUGGAAGAACACAAGUACAUGGGAACACUGUAACACAUUUAAGAAUUAUUUCCUUUUAAUCCAUAGAAAGUGUCACAAUUUUCAUAAGUUUCAUAACUUCCCUGAAGUGAUGGUGGGUUGCUUUUUUUUUUUUUACUUUUUUCAAAUGGCAUGUGGUAACUCAGGUUGAGCAAAAACCUUGGCCUGGAGCAGAAAGUUGCAAAGUCCUUUAUAUUUGAUAGAUUUUUUUCUUUCUAUUUUUUAAAGUAUAAAUUCUAAAUACUCUUGUCUGCUUAGGAUUAUCUUAAUAACAAAUAAGCGGUACAGUUCUUGGGAAUCUUUUUUUCAAUGCUCUUUUCUUGUACCUCACUUGAUUUACGCAGCGCCUCUGUCACUCCAGUGAGAGAAUGACCAUAAUUAUUCUAACAAAGUUUCUAAACUUGAUAAGUUUCUAAACAUAGACUCCACUGUGCUCAAGGUAAGAGCCACCAUUUAUUAUGAGUUCCUCAUUUGGAACAUCCUCUUCUGGACAUUGCUGAUGAAGUACAGUCCUAAUUCUUUAAUUUUUAAUAUCAUGAGCCACUAAGGCAGUCUUUGUUCUCCCAAUGUUGCCACAUAAGAAGCCUUCCCAAACAUAGUGCUAUGCCUCUUCCAAAAAAGUGGAUUUUUGGAGGGUUUUCCCCACUUUCCACCUGCCUUCACAAUAUUUUCUCCCUCUUUCUAUGCAUGAUUAGUGAGACAAAGGAGGAUUUGAGUGUUGUGCAGGGGUAGUCAAUUUGACUGGCAGUGAGAAGUGACAUUUGCAUUUACAGUGUGUAUUUAGUGGCUUGGGAUGACAGCCUGGAAGUUCCCCGUCUCAAAAUGUUUGCUGGCACGUGUACUGAGUUUGCUUUAAAAAAUGGUAAUAAAAUAAGUCUUCCUUAAUUUUAGAAGUCUUUUCACUUCAGGUAAGUUUUGGUGACAUCUAUAUUUUUUCUCUUGUUUUGGUGACAAUGGUGUUAAUAUCAAUGUCGUUUAUAUCAAGGCUUACUGGAUAUUGAUUCUAUUGGAAUAAAUUUUAAAGUUAACCUUGUGUUGGGAAUAAUUUCUAUUUAAAUUGCAUAAAAAUCAGUCUUUGUUGUAACUUGGAGACAAAAAAUAUAUUGAGAAAGCUUUGAACAGACUUUCUGAUGCAGGGCCAGCUAUAUCAGUUUGUGAUUAGAUGAAGUGCCAUGGAUUUAUUAAUGGGACUGGUAAGAGGAGUAUUGUUAUUGCAAUAUUGAAUUUAAACUUUUAUCUCAUUGUUCUCAUUGGGCAAAAUUAUUGUAGCAGAUUUGAGAAUGGGAAUUUCACCCCACGAUUUUGUUUUCUAUAAAUAUAAAAGCAUGCAGGUGUUUACAGGCAAGCAAACGUGUCUCCAUAUAAAACAUGGGUUUAUGAGAGACAUAAGAACUGUGUAGUAUGAACGGGUAUUUUGAGGCUUAAACUGCAACCAAGCAAAAAUGUGCAGCCUUCCCCUUUUGUCUAUAAUAGGGUCGACAUUGGGAGCCAUGAUCCCUUUGAUCUUUACAUAAAACAGAUGAAAAUGCAUAAAUUGCGUCUAAUCAGAGAUGAAUUAAAGGAAAAUAGCCUCCCGGAGGACAAAGCACCCCAGGCACCCAUCAACAGCCUUACCAAAUGACAGACCUAGAGGAGACUUCAAAGCUGCAAACACAACUGCCAGUGAAAUCCACCAAGAAUCAAGAUGCCAUUAUUAAAAAAAUAUAAAAUUCACAGUUUACAAGUGCCCAGAACUCUCUCUUUAAGAGGAAGUGCCAGAAACACACUACAUGGACUUGCUUUUUAAGUCACUAAAUGUUCUUUUUCUUUUAGGAGACUUGAUAAAGGCAAUACUUGCUUGUUUAAUUUAGUCCAAAAAUGUGCUCAGGCAUUACAAACAUUGGUAAUUUUAGUGUCAGGUAGGGUUCAUUCCAUUUGAGUGGCAUAUUGUUUAGAAGCUGAAGUAUAUGUUUUAGUGGAAGCAGAUCAGAGCUUUAUUGUAAUUUCUUCCUUGGUUGUCAUCUUCAUUUGUCCCUGUGAACACAAGCAUGGUUAACAUUCCUCAAAUUGCAGAAGAAGAAGGAAAUGUAAGUCUUAGGUUUGGUUUUGGAAGGGAGGGAAGGAAGAUUUGAGGCAAUAAUUUUAUUAUGAGCAUUUUCUCUCUGUGGAACAAAGAAUAACUUCAUCCCAAGUUAAAUGAGAAUUCAGAUCGUCUUCUAGCUCAGGACAGAUGCAUAAAAUUGGGUAUUAUACUUGAUGUAUUCCAGCCUGAUCUCCAAGAAGAGUAUUCAAAGGAAGGCAAAGAAUGGUCACAAGCACUCAGCAAAGAAAUCUGCCACCUCAAGUCUUUGUUAAAGCCAGCCUGUGGAGAUGGUGAUUCUGAAAAUACACCUCCUGGAGAAGUUGAUACAUCUUUGCACUAAUUUUCUGAUUCAAGUGCUAAGUCUCCAUAUAUCACCAGAUGUCCUUCUGCCUGACUGAGAUGUUUCUAUGGUCUUUGAAGACCAACUUACGUAUUAGAGAUGAAGACAUUGGGAUCCACCAGUACUGUGACAAGAAACAACCAGCAUCACAGAUGAAGUACAGUUACUUAGAAGACAAGCAAAAGCUAGCAGAAUCUCGAGAUUAUCCUUGGAUCCUGAAAACCAAGCGAGUGGACAAACUGCGAGAUGCACUCAAGGAGGUGGAGGACUUAAUGCAGAACAGUCCGUGUGUGCUGAGCAAAUGGAAGAACAAACAUACCUGUCAGCUCCUCUUUCACUCAGGUAUUUUGGUGUCCCUAAGCCUUUCUGGGCCACAGCUGGAGAAGGUGGUGAUUGACAGGACCCUGGUGGGGAAGCUCAUCUCCGACACCAUCAGUGAUGCUGUUCUUACAGACAAUUUCAUCAUCUUGUCAUUUGAGGACUAUAACCAACUCUGCUUUAUUCAGUUUACAAAGACGAUGGAUUCUCCCGAUGUAAACAAAAGACUGGAAAAAAUCUCUUGUUUGGACUCUAAGAUUUCUUAUGUUGAUAUACUUGGACCAGAAGGUAGAAGGAUGAAACGUCACCUGGCAAUAAACUGUAUGCAAGAUCUGGUCAUUUGCUGGUGGUCAGCAACCAGUGAUGGAGCAUGGCCUUGGUCUCCUAUUUCCUGUCAGAGGGACAGAGCCAACCUAUUGCUAUUAGGCUGUGCACAUGGCAAAUUGGAGGUGCUGAGUUACGUCCGCACGGAGUGGGAACCCCUGGAUGCCAGGUUCAGCUCUGUCCAGCCCCAGCAGGUGCUGACAGUGGAGCACUCAGUGUCCGCAGCCAAGGAGCCCAUGGUUGACAGCUGUGUCUACAAGUGCGUCAGGAACCGAAUCCAGUGCGCCGCCGUCACCAGGGUCCCCCUGCGAGCCAGGGCCAUCAGCUGCUGCAGGGAUGUGACUGAAGACAAACUGGUGCUGGGCUGUGAAGACUCCUCAGUAGUUCUGUUUGAAGCCUACAGCCAAGUGACUCUGUUAGCCCAAGCAGAGCUGCUCCCUGCUGUAAUAACCUACCACCCUUCCGGAGCCGUGCUGGUGGUUGGCAGCUCUCAAGGGGAGCUACAGCUUUUUGACACAGCACUGUCCCCAAUGAAAAUUCAGCUCUUGGCACAGGACUAUUCACCUGAGGCAACUCUGCAAUUCAGUAAACACUGUGACGUGCCCACCAGCCUCAUCCAGAUCCAGUGGGCUGCUCCUCCAGGUGCAUUUCCCAGUCCUGACAGCAUGGAUAUUCACGAUCUUUUGUUGGUUAGAUUUGAUAAAGGACCCUUGGGAGUGCUUCACUUUAAACUUGGUGUGCUCACAAGAGGACAACUAGGCCUUGAGGAAAUCAUCCACCAGUACAUUCGUUAUGAUAUGAUACAGGAGGCAAUUAAUGUCCUCAGCACCAUGAACUGGAACACGAUGGGUCAGCGGUGCUUUGUCUGCCUGAGUGCCAUUUGCAACCACCUCCUUAAACAAAAGCUUACACCAGCCAGAGAAGCACAGCUUGAGGCAAGCCUUGGAACCUUUUAUGCUCCAACAAGGCCUCUCUUAGACAGAACUGUGCUGGAGUACAGGGACCCCAUCAGUAGAUAUGCAAGAAGGUUCUUCCACCACCUGCUCAGGGUAACCCAGCCAGCUGAUCCAGGGAAGCCAGGUGAUGUUAUGCUUUUGGAUUUCAGUAAAGCUUUUGAUGCUGUCUCUCCUGGGAUCCUUCUGGACAAAUGUUCAUCCCCCAGCUGGAUAAACACAUCCUGGGAUGGGUAUCAGAGGUUUGAAAAAGCAUUUCUGCUUGCUGUUGACAUCGGUGCUCGGGACCUGUUCAUGGACAUCCAUUACCUUGCUCUAGAUAAGGGUGAAUUGGCACUAGCUGAAGUGGCAAAGAGAAAGGCUAAUGACAUUGAUGCGGAAUCAAUAACUACUGGAAUUGAACUUCUGGGGCAGUCAGAUGAAGAAGACCCAUCUUGUGAAACUUUCCCUGACCAAUCUCCAGAGCAGGGAGGAGGGUGCAACCUGCCUGCUCCCGGCCCUGCUGACAGACCACCAACGCAGAGCUGCUCCCACCGACCCACUAGCCGCAGACAAACAGAGGACACUGAGCCUGGAGCGGAUGGCCACACCACCUCCCUGAUCAAGAAAACCUUUUCCAGCAACCAGGAAGGAGACUGGAGACAGCAGGUCUCUCCAAAUUGUGCACUUUGGGCUGGUGUGACUGAGCUGCCAAAGCAGAGAAGAGGAAACCUCACCGAGGUGGUGAAGUCCUUCGGCAAACUUCCAGCCAGCCCUGGAUAUGACCACUGGCAGAUGACAAAACACCAGGCUUAGAAAGUACCCUGUUCUUAGACCUACAAAUUAUUUCUGAGUUCAUAUUGACAUGUCCAUGCACAAAGUGCCCUGUGUUGUGGAGAGCAACUUGGUGAUAUUUUCAUCAAAGGCAUCAAAAAAGCAAGUAAUUGCUGAUCCCCAUUUACUGGACAAACUCAGUGCUGAAAAAUUUGGUGGGGUUUCUUGGAUGAAUCCAUAAGCUUUUCAGGAGAAAGUCUGUAAUUCUCUAUGCAUUAUAUGUUUUUACAAUCUUCACUUGGAAGCAGAUUUGAAUUUCCACUUAAGGCUCUGAAAACCGUCCUAUUGAGAUACCAGCAGAUAAGAUCUUCACUCAGGAUACCUCUGUGAAAGAGCAGCCUUUCACAGUCAGCAGCAUUUUUCAAAGAAUGCUCUCAAUUUUCAUAUCUAGAUAUAUCAUCUUAGUUGAAUAACCAUUAUUUUGCCUUGAAAAAAAGAUGCGGAGCCUCUUAAGCAUCAUUCCAUUGGAGUCCAGAUUUUAAUCUCCCUCCUCUAACCACAAAGAGAAAAUGCACUGAGAAGGGGGACCUCUGCCAGCCCUCUCUGUUUUUUUCUGGUAGUGAAGAGGGGCAAGCAUCAUCACGGGUCCUUCCUCCCGCCACCUGAUGGAGCACAGAGUGUACGGGCACGGAUGUUUUGUGCUCUGUCAUGGGCACAUGUGUGGGUUAAUCUUGAGCUUUUUGGGGAGCACUGGGUGGUUGAAACCCAAAGCCAGCGAGCUUCUUGAAGUUGAUUUUAUGCAGUGAACAAAUCUGUACAAUGGACUGAAAAUGAAGGCACAAUGUAAAAAAAUUAAAAAAAAACAAAACCCACAAGCCGUUAGAAGUAUUUCAUUAACAAAAAUUCUGCUUUUAUGCAAAUAAAAUUUUUACAGUCCA